AUCUGCUGCCUCCCUUUGCUCCCGCCACCUCCCCGCCCCAAACGCUCCAGGACAAACCGAAGGCAGCGCGGAUUACCUUAUGCUGAGCUGAUCAAGGACUUUGAAAAUGAUUCCAAAGUUUCUCGUGGUGUCUUGCACACUGGCUGCCCUAACUCAUUCACCUACAUUUUCUCUCCAGUCAGGACAGCAGAAGGUUCUAGUAGUUUCCUUUGAUGGAUUCCGCUGGGAUUACAUAUAUAAAGUUCCAACACCUCAUUUUCAUUAUCUCAUGAAAUACGGUGUGCACGUGAAGCAAGUCACUAAUAUUUUUAUCACAAAGACCUACCCUAACCAUUACACUUUGGUCACAGGUCUCUUUGCAGAGAAUCAUGGCAUUGUUGCAAAUGACAUGUUUGAUCCUAGUCUGAACAAAUCUUUCUCCUUGGAUCACAUGGACAUUUAUGAUUCUGAGUUUUGGGAAGAAGCCACACCAAUAUGGAUCACAAACCAGAGGGCAGGGCAUGCCAGUGGCGCAGCCAUGUGGCCAGGAACAGAUGUAAAGAUCCAUGAAAGUUUCCCUACCUACUACCUACCUUACAAUGAGUCUGUUUCCUUUGAAGACAGAGUUGCCAAAAUCAUUGAAUGGUUUACAGCCAAAGACCCCAUCAAUCUCGGUCUUCUCUACUGGGAAGAGCCUGAUGACACGGGCCAUGACGUGGGACCUGACAGUCCUCUCAUGGGGCCUGUCAUUUCAGACAUUGACCACAAGUUAGGGUAUCUGAUCAAAAUGCUGAAAAAGGCCAAGUUAUGGAAUAACGUAAACCUAAUCAUCACGAGUGAUCAUGGGAUGGCCCAGUGUUCUAAGCAGAGGGUGAUAGAACUUGACCGUUAUCUGGAUAAAGACCACUAUACCCUGAUUGACCACUCGCCUGUAGCUGCCAUCCUGCCCAAAGAAGGUAAAUUAGAUGAAGUCUAUGAUGCGCUGGCCGGUGCCCAUCCUAAUCUAACAGUCUACAAAAAGGAGGAAGUUCCAGAAAGAUGGCAUUACAAGCACAACGAUCGAGUUCAACCGAUCAUAGCCGUGGCCGAUGAAGGGUGGUAUAUUUUGCAGAAUAAGUCAGAUGAUUUCCUGUUAGGCAACCAUGGUUAUGAUAAUGCAUUAGCAGAAAUGCAUCCAAUAUUUUUAGCCCACGGUCCUGCCUUCAGAAAGAAUUUCACAAAAGAAGCCAUGAACUCCACAGAUCUGUACCCACUGCUCUGCCACCUCCUCAAUAUCACCGCCCUGCCACACAAUGGAUCAUUCAGGAAUGUCCAGGAUCUUCUCAGUUCAGCAACUCCAAAAGCAAUCCCGUACACACAGAGUACCACACACAUCCUUGGUAGUGGCAAGCCAGGAGAGUAUGAGCAAGAGGAGUCGUACCCUUAUUACAUAGGCAUCUCUCUGGGCAGCAUUAUAACCAUUGUAUUCUCUGUAGUCCUCAUUAAGCAUUUAAUUCACAGCCAAGUGCCUACUUUACAAUAUAUGCAGGUAGAAGUGGCUCAACCAUUACUACAAGCUUAGUGCUUCUUCAACAUGGAAUUGCACAUUAAAGUGGAGGUUGCACAAGUAUCACCAUGGUGAGCCUUCAACUUCUAGGAAGCUAGUUACAGACAUCCGCUUAGGCCAUCAGGCAGUUAAUCCAUACUUGGCACACUCAAACCUUACAUGCAUACACAAACAGAUCAGAACACUCCUAUCUGCAAUGAUCAAAGAUGUAAGAGUACCCCUCCACUGCUUUCUUUGGCUUGGUAGGCAGACCAUGCUCUAUUUGGGGUUGAUACAUAUAAUGUACAUACGUAACAACUUUGCACAAUGGAAAGUACCUCAGACGUUGCACUUUACUAUCCUAGUAGGUACCCUUUUUUUUCUGAAAUGCACUUUAUCACUAUGUCUAGUAACUUGGCUGAAGAUGGCAACCUUUUGUAUCUGUGUCACCAAAUAAUGGCAUUUCGUGUACAGACUGAAGGGAGUUUCUAGCAAUUCUACCUCCUUAAAUAGGAGGAGGAGAAAGUGAAAGUGUUGAAAUCAGUGGGACCAAGUUUGUAGCCUACAUAUUGAAGAGAUGCAUUUCCAGCAGCAGGUUGCAUUGUGGACAUGUCUAGUUAUGUUUCCUCACCAAGGACCAAAGUUUCCAAUUACUUCUUCCCUCCAAUAGAUUCAAACCCUGAAAGGUGCAUUCUAAAGACUGCAUUUCUACCCACUAGCUAUUGCUCCUUGUUGAUGAGUCCUAGCCCUGAUUCCUUAAUGAGGAUGCCAUGCACAUAGACUUCUUUUCUGUCUAUAUAGCAGGGGCCUGAAGAGCAGAGACCAGGCACCAUCUCUGCAGUGGUUUUUCUUACUGCCUGUCACUAUUUGCAUAUUUGAUACUAACACUAUUAAGCACAUUAAAAAAAAAUCAAAUGAGA